AUGAGUGGUAACAUCCUAGGAAGGCUCUGCUCUCCAGCGUUCGUGGAACUCUCACUGACGGCCUCUCACAAGGAACUAAGAGUAGGCAAGCUAGCAAAAGUAGAAGAUGAAGUGGUAUCUCUCGACGAGCUUGAGAAAUCAGAUGGGACGGGAACACACGGGUCACAAACAAUGAGAAAUCUGCUGCUGCUCCGGAAGGGGUCCCCGUAUUCGGGGCAUUUCCGCUGGGUAACCACUAGCAGGACCGCCAAAGGACUGGCGGCCACCUCGCCCUCUCCUCCUCACCGUGGACCUGCCCUGGGGACCUCUGAGCCUGGUUCUCCCGUGGCCUUCCUGUUGGCUCUGCUGCUAAAGGGUCUGGCACCCUUGAAAGCUCACGGGCCGCCGUGCAAGGCUGUGCCUGCCGCUCAGGCUGCUGGCGCCAUCAACCGCAGGAACUCCCGGUUCCACCAGGAUGCGCCAGCUGCAGAUACGGUGCUGCCACGUCUUCACCUUGAAGGGCGGACAGCUGACGUAGUCACCGUGGCACAGGGAGCAGGUGGACUGCAACCCCUCACCGAAGGCAGCCAGGUGAUGCAUCGCAGCGACUGCCCCGUGCAGCGGGGCCCACGCGUCAGCGCCUUCCACAGCUCAGGGGGCCUCGUUUCAGACAGAAGCUUAGAGAGGAAGAACUGCAACCCACUUUAUGCGGCUGGCCGCUCCACUGGACUGCACCCCCCCAAAGACGCCCCCGGGACCACCACGCGGGAGCCCCUGGCCGGGGACUCUGAGAGGACCUUGACGCUCACGUGGGGUUAG